GGCAGUGCCGCCCCGGAGCUGUUCGUGUCCCACGUCCCGACACGUCCGUCCGCGCCGGCCCCUCAGCGCUGCCGGAGAGGCCCAGGGAUCCUUGGCAUGUGCUCAGGGCUCUGCCCAGAGGAAGCGGCCGUCCAGCGGCUCCCGCCUGCGGCAGGAUGUUCUUAAAGGGCCGUCUGCCUUUGCCUCCGCCCGAGCACAGGCUGCUGCAGCGGGGGGAAGCCUAGCCCGACCCUGGGCUCCUUGCUUUUGGCUGGUCAGGGGCACGGGUGGGUAGCCGGCAGAGGAGAGCGGGCGUCUGGCCUGCAGGACGACGUAGCGCAGCCAGCUGUCAUCCUGCCUCGGGACCGGCCCUGGAGGAAGAUGAUGCGUACGCUUUGACAGGGCGCAGUGGGGCUCCUGCUGCAGUCCCUGCCCCUUGGCAGCACCAGGGCGAGCAGCUGUAGGUGGUACUCUGGCACGUUUGUCUGGUGCGGCGUGGCAGAGGUGACCACAUGCCUGCGCAGUGCCUGGGCCUAUGCGGCCUGCGGCAACAGGGACCCUUGGUCCAUGGGCGGGCUGUGCGAUGCUGCCCUGCCUUGCCAAGAUGCCCGGGAGAUCCUCUAGGGCAGUGGAGGGAUGCCCUGCUUGUGCCCUUCGGGCACUGUCCUGCUCCCACGCUGCAGCUUGGAGCCCUUCUCCGUGCGGAGCCGCCCUGGACCACCCGGGAGAGCAGGGCUGUGCCUGGCGAACCCUUUGGCAGCUGUGGUCGUGCUUGUCCCUCUGAGUGCAGCACAACCACCGCAAACAGGAGGGCUCUUCCCAUCUCGGGUGCCCUGGGCCGUUAACAUAGGGUCAGUGCUGGCUGACCCAGCCUCUGCUGGUGGGGACGCUGCUCUGCGGCCUUCUGCCCCUUUCAGCAUGGCCACGGCUCUGGCCCUGGUGCUGGGUCAUUGUCCCAGUCGUGUGCAGGCAGGAGAGACUCUGGUCCAGCUGGGCAGCUGCUCCGUGAGGGCCCCAAGGGAGCCCCAGCCCCAGGGCGGGUGCCAGGAUCCCGCUUCCCGCGCAGAGCUGAGAUCAGCGGGUGGAGCCGGGGCCUUUGUCUGGCGCUGCGACUGUCUUGGAGCUGGUUUCUGGGGCUGUUAUUGCCGGGCGUUGUCGUGUUGCCCUGGCAACCUGCACGGGGCUGAGCUGCCUGUUGUCUUUGGGCCGGGGCAGGGGGCAGCCUGGUGGGCACCGGGCCUGCACCUGCAGUGCCCACGCUGAAGCCUGGGAGCUGCUACUGCUGGGACGAGCCUCAAGCAGCCCAGCUGCUUCCAGGCUCCCCCAUUGCAUCCCCUGCCCGCGCCAUGCUGCUCCGUGGCCCAAGGAGGAGGUGUCGUGGGUGAGGCUCUCAGUGGCCCUGCUGGGGCAGGGGUGACGGUGGGCACAGCUGGGGGCUGGCCCACGUCAGGUGGGGCCUGGAUGCGUGGACAGGUGGGGUCCUGCCGUGGCACGGUACGGGGCAGGGCGGGCUCCCAGGUUGGAGCUGGGCCAGUACCUGCUCUGGCCAAACACUGCCCUGCUCAUUCUGUCCCUUCUCUGCUCCUCGCAGCGGCCGGCUCUGCUGGGCCUGUCUGCUGUGGAGACGCCAGCUCCAAGAGCUCUGUCCUGGCUGCGGGCAGCCUGCCCCCGCCCCAUGCUCCCGCCUCCGACAUUCCCAGGCUGGAAGGGAGAGGCCUCGCAUGGUGCCGUAAGCGUGUUAGCAGACGGGGAGCGAGCGGGCUGCCAAGCUGGAGGCGGUGCUGGAGCUGCGUGGUGUACCCGUUGACUCAGUGGCUCCAGGAGUGACUCAUUGGGGCUGGAGGGUGGAGGCAGGGGUCCUAGAGAAGAGAGCUGCUUCCCUGGGCCAGGCAGCGCCCAGGCUUCCUGGCUGCUUGAGAGCAACCCCAGGUGCCCGGUGCUGCCAUGUCCCUGCAUCCAGCCCUCGGGAGGGCAACAGUGCACAGCUGUCCCCGCAUCCAGGCCGGGUCUGCUCUCAGGAGUCCCUGAACCUGGUCUGCUCUCAGGAGUCCCUGAACCUGGGCUGCAUCCUGCAGACGGUCGAGUGCAGCAGCCUGGCCUCCCACCCGCGAGGCACUGCCAACCUCACGGGGCUCGCAGUGCCCGGGGCACAGGGUGGGUGGCUGCUCUGUGGGGAGACUGAGGCAGAAGGAGAGGGCGGAUGUGCAUGGGGUGGUUGCUUUACAGACUGGGCUGGGGCCAGGCCGAGGCUGCGGGGAGCCACAGGGUGGGUAGGCUGGGCAGCCAGGACCCCUGGCUCCAAGGCAAGGUGUGGAGCAGAGCAGCACUAGAGGGGCCCGCACGGUUCCCAGCCCCACAACCCAGCGCCCUGCACCUUCGAACAUGAGGCGUCUACCAGCCAGCGCCUGGGCCAGGGUGCAGCUGGGCGGGGGCUGAGGGCUGGCAGAGCAGCCCCUGGCCAGGCCGGCGGGGUGGGGGAGCUUAGCUGUGCAGCCAGCCCCCGCACGGCCUGCUUGGAGGUGAAGCGAGUCUGGCUCACCUCACCCCUGCCUGGGAGGAAGAAAGGGCUUUUUGUUCGCUCGCUGGAUUGUCUGGCCGGAAGGAUUUCUGUGGGAGCGGGGCCCAGCCAGGGAGCAGCCUCCCCGGGGUGCUGGAGGCUCCAGCUUCAGCUCCGGCUCCUUCAGGGGACUGUUGCUGUUCGGUGGUAACGCGCCGACCUCUUGGCAUUUGCUGCCUUCGCCUCUUCUCACGGCAGCGGGAACAAGUGGAGUGUUCUGCAGGCGGCUGCGCGAGAAGAAAGGCGGCCUUGUGGCGCCCGAGGUGGGGCUGGCCGGGUCGGGCUGUGCUCGCAUUCCUCCCACAGAGGCCUCUUGUGAGGGGCUCCACUGCCUGUGCCCGGGACUGCCGCGGAGCAGCGCGGGGUGCCCAGACGCACCCGGCCAGCUGCUGUGGUGCUCCUUGCUGCCCUGGAGAGCUGAGGCCAGAGGGGCCGGACACCUGGCUGCGGGAGCCAUGGACGCUUCACACAGGAGUGUUGCCAGCCCGACUCGCAAAGUCCAGACUAUCAUCCAGAACAGCCCCCUGGACCUGAUCGACAUGGGCAAGGGGGUAAAGGUGCAGACAGAGAAGCCUCACUUGGUGAGCUUGGGCAGCGGGCGGCUUAGCACGGCCAUCACACUCCUGCCCCUGGAGGAAGGGAGGACGGUGAUCGGCUCGGCAGCGAGGGAUAUUGUCCUGCAGGGGCCGGGCCUGGCGCCCGAGCACUGCUUCAUUGAGAACCUGCAUGGGACCCUCAUGCUGCACCCCUGCGGGCAUGCCUGCGCCAUCGACGGUGUGUCAGUGCGGCGGCCCACACGCCUCACCCAAGGGUGCAUGAUCUGCCUGGGCCAGUCGACCUUCCUCCGGUUCAAUCACCCUGCCGAAGCCAAGUGGAUGAAGAGCAUGAUCCCGGCGGGAGGCCGGAGCCCUGGGGCCACAUAUGGACGGGCAGCAGAGUCGGACGGCCUCGUGAACGGCAACCACGCGCUGCCCCGGAGCGAGCUGCCACAGGGGCUGGGGGAGCGGCCGCGGCCCAGCCACAGCUCCCUGGUCAGCUCCAUCGAGAAGGACCUCCAGGACAUCAUGGACUCGCUGGCGCGGGAGGAGCCGGGGGCCCCCAGCAAGAAGCUCUCCGCCGGCGCCCGGUCCCCCGAGUCCCCCGUGGUGAACGGGGGCGGGCGCUACUUCCUGUCGCCACCCCUGAGCCCCGGGGCCAUGUCCGUGGGCUCCAGCUACGACAACACCUCCCCGCCCUUCUCCCCGCUCUCGUCCCCUGCCAGCAGCGGCAGCUACACCAGCCCCUCGCCCAGCAGCCAGGAGCAGGGCCCCGCCACCCCGCCCGUGGUGCCCGUGCGCUCCUCCAGUUUCAACCACGCCAUGCAGCCCCCGCUGCAGCGCCCGCCCCCCCCUCCCUACGGGGGCUGCGGCCUGGACCUGCGGAGCGGCGGGGUGGCCCCGAGCGAGGCGCGGCUUGAGGGGAGCCCCAGGAUGCAGCGCAGGGCCGUGCAGGGCAGCCCCCCGAGCCCCACGCCCGGCAGGAGCGCCCCUCGUCCCGAGGCCUGGAGAGCCGGCGAGAGUCCGCAGCUGGGCGCCCCCGGCCAGCCCGUGCCCCUGGUGCUUGCGAGCCUGAGCGACUUUGCGGCCGGGGGCUCCCGCGGGCAGCCUGCCAGCGUCCCCAGCAGCCCCCAGCCAGUGCCCAAGCUCCAGGGCCCGUCUGCCCAGAGGCUGAAGAUGGGGGCCCUGCAGGAGCGCCCGCCCAGCCCCUUCCGAGAGGGCCGGGAGCCCCCCGGCACCGACAGGCCCCUGGCCCCCAGCCCCUCCCGCCAGGGCUUGGCGAGGGCCUUCCAGCCCGUGGAGGCUGCUGGCUUUGUGCAUGUCAACCAGGGCGGCCGGUCCCUGCAGCCCCCUGAGAGCCCCCGGCUGGGCCGGCGAGGCGGGGAGAGCAUGAGGGAGCUGCCUCCCCUCAGCCCAUCCUUGCCGCGCCGCGCCGCACCCCUGCCCUCUGGCCCAUCUGCCCAUGCCCGCACCACGCCAGAGAGCCCCGUGCCGCAGGCCAGGCUGGUCAGGGAGGUCCCCGAGAGCCCCCGGGGCCGGCGCAAGGGAGCCGGGCCCCUGGAGAGACACGAGGAUGCCUCCUCCUUCGCCUCGUUGGCUGCAGCAGGGAGGAACGUGCGAGCAAGGAGCCCCUCGCCCACCUUCCCGGCGGAGCUGCCUGCGCCGCGCAGGCCCAGCUUUGGUGGCACCCUGACUCCUGCCUACAGCCUGGGCUCGCUGGCUGUGCCCUCGCCCCGCCAGAGCCCCCAUGUGCAGAGGAAGCUGUCGGGGGACUUGCGGCUGCCGGUGGGCGCGCGGGAGCGCAAGAACAGCAUCACAGAGGUCAGCGGCAAUGAGGAUGAGCUGCUGGAGUACCACCGGCGCCAGCGCGAGGAGCGGCUGCGCGAGCAGGAGAUGGAGCGCUUGGAGCGCCAGCGCCUGGAGACCAUCCUGAACCUGUGUGCAGAGUAUAGCCGCACUGAUGGGGCCGCAGACGUGGGCGAUGCGCACCGGCUCUUCUCUGGCGAUGGCACGCUGACAGGCAGGCGGCCCUCCAAAGGCUCAGCCGGCUUGGCUGUCCUGGGCCUCGGGCGCUCCUUGGAGGAGCAUGGGGAACCCCUCGUGCACCGGCAGAUGAUGGAGAACCUGGAGAAGUCGGACGAGGAGAAUCUCAAGGAGGAGUGCAGCAGCACGGAGAGCACCCACCAUGAGCACGAGGAGUCCACGGGGGGCAGGGCCAAGGAGGCAGCUCUGCUGGAGGAGGAGCGGGCGCAGGUGCUGGUUCGAGUGGAUGAGCUCAAGUGCUGCGUAAAGGAGCUGGAGCAGCAGCUGCAGGAGUCGUCCCGCGAGGCGGAGAUGGAGCGGGCCCUGGUGCAGGGCGAGCACGAGGCAGAAUUGAUGCAGCUGCAGCAGGAGCAGAAGAUGGCUCAGCAGCUUCAGGAGAAGCUGUCCGGCCUGGACGCUGCCGUCCAGAGGGAGCGCGACAAGGAGAGGGCAAAGGUUGAUGCUGAAAGGAAGGAGCUAGAGAAACUCCAGGCGCUUUACAAUGAGUCGAAGAGCCAGCUUGAUAACUGCCCUGAGUCAAUGCGGGAGCAGUUACAGGACCAGAUGAGAAGGGAGGUCGAGGCCCUGGAGACACAGACCAAGGCGUUCGAGGACCUGGAGUUCCAGCAGCUGGAGAAGGAGAGUCGCCUGGAGGAGGAGCGCGAGACCGUGAGCCAGCAGCUGCUGCAGAGCAAGGCCGAGUGUCACCGCAGCGUGGCCAGGAGAAAGGAGCGUGUGGCCGCCCUGGAGAGCCAGGCCAACCAGAUCCGGCUGCAGGCCGCGCAGGACUCGGAGCGCCUGGCCGCUGAGAAGAGCACCGUGCUGCAGCUGCUGCACAAGGAAAAGGAGAAGCUCGUCUCCCUCGAGCGUCGCUACCACCUCGUCACUGGUGGCAGGAGCUUCCCCCGGUCCUCAUCCGCGCUCAAGGAGCAGGACACGCUUCAUAUCUCGGAGCACUAUGACCUGCUGGAGGAAGCUCAGCCCCAGCCCCCCCUGCCCGGAGCCACUGCUUCCCCAGCUGCUGCUUCCUCUGCCCGCUCCUGCCCCACGAUGCAAGAGGAGUACAUGAGGCUGUCUGACGUUUUCAGGUUCUGCAGCACCGUGUACGGCCCUGGCCUGGAUACUAAAGCUUCUGCUGCUGCCCCUGCUGCUGCGUGCCGUGCGCUCUUGCUUGCGGUACCUCCCGUGGCCACCGAGUACGUGACCAUUGAGCAGCUCUCAGGGAUCCUGGGCAGCGCCAGGGCCAACCCAGUGCUGGCCCCUCCUGCUCCCACCCCGGGCUGCCACCCUGCCAGCUACGCCCCUCGAGCUGCUUCACCUGCAGGCUGCCUUCCUCCUCCUGCGCUGCCUCUCUGCUCCUCCUCCAUCUCUGCAGAGAUGGAGAAGCAGCUUGCAGGGAGCCCGGGGCAGCUCCCGGCCCUCGAUUUAGAGAAGUGGUACGAGGAGGUCAUGGCUGGCAUGGAGGCCUCCUCCCCUGCCUCUCCUCCCUCCUCCCCUCCUCCUCUUCCUGCUAAAGCUCACUCCUCUCGAAAGCCGCUCCAGGUCUAUCGCGCCAAGCUGGACAGCGACAGCAGCAGCUCGCUCCCAUGUGCCAGGGUUGGGGCCCCGUCAUCCUCCCAGCUCAGCGUGGCCACGCUGGGACGCAGCUCCUCGCCAAAGGGCUCCCUGCACCCACAGAACAGCACGGGCAGCCUGCCCCGCAACCUGGCAGCCACGCUGCAGGACAUCGAGGCCAAGCGCCAGCGGGCGCUGCAGCAGAAGGCCGGCUCGCUCCCCGCGGAGCCCUUGCAGCCAGACGAUGUCUCAGGUCAGCAGGUGAUAGAGGAGCAGAAGCGGCGCCUGGCGGAGCUGAAGCAGAAAGCGGCAGCUGAGGCGCAGUCCCAGUGGGAAGCCCUGCACGGGCCGCCCCACUUCCCCCCACCCUCCUACCCUCCGCUCAUGCAUCACUCCAUCCUCCAUCACCACCCCCCGCACGGCCUCGGGCCCCGGGCUGAGGACCCCGACCAUGCCUACGACACGCUCAGCCUGGAGAGCUCGGACAGCCUGGAAACCAGUGUCUCCACCGGCAACAACUCAGCCUGCUCACCCGAUAACAUGUCCAGUGCCAGCGGCAUGGAGGUGGGGAAGAUCGAAGAGAUGGAGAAGAUGCUGAAGGAGGCCCACGCGGAGAAGUCCCGCCUCAUGGAGUCACGGGAGCGGGAGAUGGAGCUGCGGCGACAGGCCCUGGAGGACGAGCGGAGGCGGCGGGAGCAGCUGGAGCGGCGGCUGCAGGAUGAGACGGCCCAGCGGCAGAAGCUGGUUGAGAAGGAGGUCAAGAUGCGGGAGAAGCACUUUUCCCAGGCACGGCCCCUCACCAGGUACCUGCCCAUUCGCAAGGAGGACUUUGACCUGAAGCUGCACAUCGAGUCCUCGGGCCACAGCGUGGACACGUGCUGCCAUGUCAUCCUGAGCGAGAAGAUGUGCAAGGGCUACCUGGUUAAGAUGGGCGGCAAGAUCAAGUCCUGGAAGAAGCGCUGGUUCGUCUUCGACCGCAUGAAGCGCACAGUUUCCUACUACGUUGACAAACACGAGACGAAGCUCAAGGGAGUGAUCUAUUUCCAAGCCAUAGAGGAGGUUUAUUACGACCAUCUCCGCAGCGCUGCUAAGAGCCCCAACCCAGCGCUCACCUUCUGCGUCAAGACCCACGACCGCCUCUACUACGUGGUGGCCCCCUCGCCCGAGGCCAUGCGGAUCUGGAUGGACGUCAUCGUGACGGGGGCCGAGGGCUACACGCAGUUCAUGAACUGAGGGAGCCGGCCCCGCCCCGCCGCAUCUUGCCUUCCCCGGAGCUGCGGGACACGACGGCAGAGCGGGCCCCGGGGCUGGGGCGCGGGGACUUCACGCCGGAGUCCCUGGCUUCGUGCUGCAGCUGCUCCCCGAGGAGCGACAGGUGCUCAGCCCCGCGCCCGCCCGGCUCCCCCCGCGGCGCGGCCCGGCGCGGCCCGGAGGCUUUUAUACGGACCAGACUUUAUUUUGUAACGGAGGCGGGUCGGCGCGCUGCCACGUGCCACGCGAGAGCUGCCAAAGACGGGCGGGAGCCCGGCCGGCCCCGCCGAGCGCGGAACCGGGCUCCGCCGCCGCCGCUUCGGACUGGCUAGGCACGCGGCCCGGCCGGCUCCGCGCCCCACGCCCGCGCGGGCUAGGCACGGACCGUUGCGGGGCGGCCCUGAGAGCGGAGCGCCCGGCACGUGCGCCCGAGCCCGGGCCCGCCCCUCCCGGCCAAUAAAGCUACGACCAGC